UCACGCUCCCGUGUUCACACUCCCGUCUCCCUGUCCCGGGUCGGCCCCGUUCAAGCUAGAGACAAGAGCCACCCACGCGAACGCCGCCACCUCGCUCUGCUCGCUUCGCCCUCGCCCGGUGCUCCGGCAAUUGUUCGCUGCUGUUUGAUUCCGCCGAGGGGAGGAGGGAGGCGGAGGGGGAAGAAGCGAUGAUGGGGCGGAUGCGGGCGGCUGCGGCGGCGGCGCUGCUGGUGCUGGCGGCGUGCGCGGCGCUGCCGCCGAGGACGGCGGCGAACAAGAUCAGCAUCAACUGGAAGCCCAACACCAACUACUCCGACUGGGUGGCGCAGCACAGCCCCUUCUACAAGGACGACUGGCUCGUGUUCUACUACACGGCGGGGCAGGCGGACGUGGUGCAGGUGGACGAGGCCGGGUACAACAAGUGCGACGCCAGCAACGCCAUCUACAACUACAGCAAGGGCCGCACCUUCGCGUUCCAGCUCAACGAGACCAAGACCUACUACUUCAUCUGCAGCUACGGAUACUGCUUCGGCGGGAUGCGCCUCGCCAUCAAGACCGAGAAGCUGCCGCCGCCGUCCCCGCCGCCGUCCGGCAGCAACGGGUCCGGCGGCGCCGCCGCCUUCGCCAGGUCCCACGCCGCGGUCAUCUACGCCGCCGUCGCCGUGCUCGCCGCGCUCCUCAGGGUGCUCUAGCAAGGGGGGGGGGGGGGAUCUCCGCCGUUCUUUCGUUAAAUUUGGAGCUCUUGUUUUCUUUUUUUUUGGUGUGCUUGGAUGGGCUCUGAAGAGGAGUCGUAGUAGUGGAGGAGUGUGUUGUGUUGGGUUGAUUUAGUGGCGUGGAUUUGCGGAAGCGAUUGAUUCAUCUGAGAGAUUGAUUUAUUGUUCCGAGUGUGAAGAACUCAUCAAGCUGAAGUAACCUAGCUUUGCAUUUUGUCACGGAGAUAAAAGAUCUC